UUUUUUCUGCUAAUUUGUCACAGACAUAUUGGUUUGCGGAUUACGAAUUAAUUUUGCAAUAUAAGAUUAAAUUCGAUUUGUAACUCUGCAUUUUCCGAAGCCAAUUGGGUUCAAACGCAUUUAUGUCAUCAGAAUUUCUUCCGAAUAUUCCUAGCAAUCACAUGUCAAUGCCUAAUUGUCUUCCUGUAAUUCAGAGAAAAUCUGUUAGCCCGAUAACUCAGUCAUCAAAUGAAUCACACAAUCGUCCAAUGUGUCCUCGUAUGGGUGUAAAACACAUUAGAAGUAAACAUGUCAGCCUGUUGGAUUGGUCAUUGAUGAAUACAGUUACACCUAAAGUUCCAUGUAACAAUGGUUCCAAUGCUGGCGAAAUCAGUACAGUAAAGAACUCUACCGUAUCAAAUCAGCUCAAAAGUAGACCUUCAUUGUUCUUGUCAAUUCAUGAACAGGGGAAGAUAAAUCAAGAUCAAUCUCAACCUAGGAGAAGUGGACAGCUAAUGCUCAAUAAAAUGAUACCAACUAAAAGACGACCAAUCAAAGCUAAACACUCUAUACACAAUGAAAGUGUUUGUCAAUUUACACAGGUAACGAAUCAACAAACUGUAUUUGCCAACGAUAAUAACACAACUGGUAAUAGUGAGAAUGAUUUAAAGCACUCAGGCUGGGAUACAGAACAGCUGAAUACCCCAUUGUAUUUACCACUGGCAUCAUCUCCGUUGUGUGCAUUGUCCCCGUGUCAAAAUGAUGCCAUUAGUACUGAUCCUGUGGUAAGAAGACGAGUCAGUGCUGAUGUUACACCAGUAUCUGCAGGAGUUAAACGAAUUAUCGAGUAUGCAGAUGAUUUAUCACCAGCGAAACGAAAAUGUAGUGAUAACUCUUCCAUUACAUCAUGUCCCAGCUAUGUGAAUGGGUACCAUAAAUCUUCAGAACAUACAUCAGAAACAAUCCACAUUAAUGAAACAACUGAUUCAACCGUCAACUCUCCUCAUAUCAACUGCGAUUCAAAUCAAGCCCCUACAACCAAGAGACGAAGUCUUACAAUGAAAUAUCAUAACAAAUUCACUAAAAGUGUAACAAAACAAUUUAUUCGUCGUAAUAGUACAGGAAGUUCAAAGAUAUCUAAACCCUAUAGCCAAAUGAAUGACAGCUCAAAUCAUAACAAACCAAAUAUGUUAAAUGUCAUUAGACGAUCUGCAAGACGUACCCUUGGCACUAUACGGGAUAUGCUGAAACCUUCGAAUUCAUCUACCUCAAUUGUGUCAAACUCUUCUUCAGAUGUUGAUGAAACUAAAUACGAAUCACAAUGUGAUGAUCAAUGCUUUGUACCCUCGGAUAAGGUUACAUCCUUAAUAGUACCUUCAUUAGAUGAAGGUUACAAUGGAAAUGAUGAGAAUGUUGACCUUGUCCACACCGAUUCUAAUUCCUCAAAUUCUCUACGAUAUGUCACCUUAUCAAAAUCUAGUCAAGAUAGUACAUUCGGUUUAUUUGUUACAAAAUCUAACCUGGGUUAUCGUGUAACACGUUUAACGGUGCGAUUAAUUCUCAAUAAUUCAAGUUCCCUGCGUAUUGGUGAUGAAAUUAUCCAAGUGAAUGGAAUCGAUUGUAAACAGAUAGAUAUUGAUCAAAUGCAAGAAUUAUUUCGACAAAAUCAAUCGAUUCAGCUGACAAUUAUUGAUGAAUAAAUCCCUUCAACCACCUCAAUGCCUUACGCAUCCUGUGUCAAUAUACUGGCUAUGUGAUAUCCCCUGGAAGGCAGAUUGAAUCUUCCCUCUACCCGCUAAAACCCUCAACCCUCAAAAAAAAAAAACAACCAGAUCCCAGUGUCAUCAAAUUUUCUUCUAUUACUUUUUGAUUUCAUCUUUAUUUUUUAACUUUUUGAUUUAUUGAUUAU